GCUCUCAAAGAACUGGAACCAGAUCCUGUCUCUAUCUUGUACCUUUUCUCUUCAUUUUCUGCAUCCCUUGAGUAUCUGGUGCGCGACUCAGCAGGAUCAGAGACUUCGUUAUGGCUGCCGUUUCCCCUGCAGAACCAGCCCAAGAAAUCACAAAGGCCACAGAAAAGCGCGAGCCUGGGUCGUCGUGGAAGGACAAGGAAGAGCAUGUCAUUCCAAAAAACAAGCUUGGUGUUGUCUUCCUAGGUCUUAUGUGUUGCACAUUCUUGGCCGCUUUGGACCAAACGAUCGUUGCAACUGCGUUGCCUACGAUAGUCGCAGACCUUGGAGGUGGUAAUAAUUACAGUUGGGUUGGCAGUGCAUAUAUGUUAGCUUCAGCGGCUUUAGGACCCCUGUAUGGCAAGCUCUCCAAUAUAGUCGGUCGGAAACCCAUGCUUUACGGUUCUAUCGUAAUAUUUCUAAUCGGAUCUGCACUCUGUGGUGCAGCCCAAAACAUGACCUGGUUAAUUGUCUGUCGUGCUGUGCAAGGGAUUGGCGGUGGCGGAAUCAUCCAGCUUGUACAGAUAACGAUCUCAGACAUCGUAACUUUACAAGACCGAGGUAAAUACGCAGGUGCAAUCGGAGCUACCUGGGGAAUAGCUAGUGUCGUGGGACCUUUGCUCGGUGGAGUGUUCGCAGAUCAUGUAACCUGGCGAUGGUGCUUCUUCAUCAACUUACCUACCGGAGGCGUAGCUGCUCUUCUCCUUUUCAUUUUCCUCAACGUCAAUCCCCAAGAAAGUAGAAAGUUCAGCGAACACGUUCGAGAGUUCGAUUUCGUUGGAUUGGUCACAAUCGUUGCUGGUGUCGUUUGUCUUCUAAUUGGCUUUAACAAUAGCGCAACCAGUUGGUCGUCAAAGGAAACGAUAGCAUUACUUACCGUUGGAGUAGUUUUACUAAUUGCUGGGGGUGUCAACGAAAUAUACACGACGCGAUCGCCUAUCAUCCCUCCUCGACUGUUUAAGACGCGCACAACGGCUACGAUUCUAGUAAGUGUAUUCUUGCAUGCGCUAGCAUUUUUCGCGGGUGUGUUCUAUCUACCGAUGUACUACCAAGUACUUGGUGCUUCAGCUACAAGUUCAGGCAUAAGAAUGUUACCUUUUUCUCUGGGUGGCGCAGCAAUGUCAGCAAUUUCAGGAAUGAUCAUCUCACGUACAGGAUCCUACCGUCCUAUCAUGUGGUUUGGUUGGGUGGUCAUGACACUUGGUUGGGGCCUCAUGAUCCAAUUAGAUAACACUUCUAACAGCGCCGUAAAGGAAGUGUAUCCGUUCAUUGCUGCUAUUGGUAUUGGUUCUCUCUUCCAGUCGCCACUGAUCGGCGUUCAAGCGGCGAUGCCCAUCAAGGACAUGGCUACUAGUACAGGAACCUUCAUGUUCCUUCGAACCCUAGGUGGCACAGUUGGCAUUACAAUCGGAGAAGCCAUCAUCGCAAGUAGUCUUCAAAAGAGGGUUAGAGAUAUCCCCGGUCUUACUAUCGAUACGUCCGCUGCCGCUUUGAACGAUAGCGUGAGAAAACUGUCCCAGAUAGCUAAUAUCACGCAACGAAAUGAACUCAUGCAUGCAUACGCCCGCUCCAUCAGUACUAUUUGGCUUGUGAAUACGCCUCUAUCAGCAGCAGGGCUUAUAAUGGUGCUGUUCAUCCGUGGUUAUUCGCUGAAACGCGCUGUUGUCCGGGGUGGUGACGCAAAAGGAGCUGAUGUGGAGAAGGGGGCGACGGCUGAAGAAUCUCCAGAGAACCAAGAAACGUCAGAAGACUCGUCAGAAAAACUAGAGAAGGAUGAGGCCUUGGUAGAAGAUGAGGCACGUAUUCAUGAAGAGCGGGUCGUACGCGAUGACGCUACGGAACGCACGCGGACAAGUUCCAUCGCAAUAGACAAGGCGGAGAAGAUUGAGGUAUGAUGUUAAUGUAUCUGGUGUUGGUGGAGGACGAAAAGUCCUGUAUCCGAAGGUGUAGGCUUGGUGCGUUUUUUGAAUCUUGGUGCUUAGCACACGAGGGUCGGUUGUGUGCAUGUGGGUUAGGUGCAUAGAACUCAGAUCUCAGACAUAGACGGCAUAAUCAUACAUAAUGUUUAUCACGUUCACGCGUGCUCCUGCAUGUAUUAGGUAGUAGUCGAUCAAUUCGCAUAGUGUUUAUUGAAGAUACCCAUCAA